AACAGUCAUUUAAUCAUCAAUCUGAAGCAUGCGGGUAUCAUAAAACAAAGCUGUAUUUUCUCCAGGAAUGUUGCUCCUCUUCACUCCAUGCAGCUGUUCUCCGGUUCAGUCAGGCAUUGUGGCUUCUGUCACGUCUGUCCCUCAUCAAUCAGCCCUCGCCGAAGAACAUGGUGUGUAAAUCCUUUUCUCUGCCACAUCAUCUGCGCUCCAUCAUCACUGAGCAACUGAAAAUGUACCUCAGCCACCGUGCGCUCACAUCCCUCUAAAAAAAAAAAAAAAGAAACACAAAAAAACAAAAAAACAAACAAAAGAAAAAACGCCAACUUCUUCAAAAGUAAAUUGUCGACUUUUCGUGUCUCGAGCCAGUCUGGAUGUUAACAUUUGCGUGUGAGCUUUUGUCACGCACUUGCCUCCCUUUUCUGUAAGACAUCUCUGCUGCCGGAGUUGCUGCUUUAGCUGUGGUGACUGACCUCCAUUCACGUUUUGAGUUAUCGGCUCUACAAGCGUCUUUCUCCGGCUAGUCCAAAUCAUUUCUACCCGGCUUGUCAGGACAGCAGCACAGUCGUGAAGUCUCUGCAGUCACGUGGUCGAAACAGGACUGAAGAGUGUGUUUUUUUCCGGAGUGUGUUUGUGAGCGUCUCUCCGUGUGUAGUUAGAGGGGUGUCCCUCCUCCGCAUUUUUUGCUGCUUGCCAUGCUUUAGACGCCGGGGCGCAGGGAGAGAGGCGAGAGUGAGAGAUAACGCCGGUCUCUCUCAACGGGCUACCUGUCUUUUCAGUCUUUACCUCGGGUCCCCGUCGUUUCUCCCCCUUCUUUUUGAGUCCACAGUCCUGCAGUGUGCUUGGUUUUACGCGUUAAAACAGAGGAGAAAACCUGGUUCAUUUUCGUGCGCUCUUGUGAGUCAGUGCUGGCUGGAGGAGCACCGCGGUUUUUGUUUUGCUGCGUUAUUUCAUCUGUUUUUUUUCUUUCGUUUCCUUUCCCUUCUUUUUUUUCGGGGCUCUCCAUUUGGACAGUAGGCUAUAGGACUGCCGAGCGGAGCUUGGAUGAGCUGCCUUGCUGAAAUCCCGAGAUGGAGUUGCUGCUGAUCUGCCUUUCCCUGUGGAUAUUGCAAUGUAAUUCGGCCAAAGCGGACUCCAUCAUACAUAUCGGUGCCAUAUUCGAAGAAAACGCUGUGCGAGAUGACGAGAUUUUCCAACUUGCAAUCUCAGACCUGAGCCUGAACGACGACAUUCUGCAGAGCGAGAAAAUCACCCACUCUGUUAAACUUAUCGAGCCUAACAACCCCUUCCAGGCCGUCCAGGAAGCAUGUGAGCUGAUGAACCAGGGAAUCCUCGCUUUGGUCACAUCCACAGGCUGUGCUGCAGCAAGUGCCCUGCAGUCUUUAACAGACGCAAUGCACAUCCCCCACCUUUUCAUCCAGAGAAACGGGGAUGGUGCACCCCGCACUGCUUGUCAACUCAACCCUAGCCCAGAUGGAGAGAGCUACACGUUAGCCGCUCGUCCACCUGUUAGAAUCAACGACGUGCUGCUCACCCUUGUGUCUGAAUUUCACUGGCAGAAGUUCAUCAUCUUUUAUGAGAGCGACUACGACAUUCGAGGAUUGCAAACCUUUAUGGAUCAGGCAUCAAGGCUGGGUCUGGAUGUUUCCUUGCAGAGAGUGGACCGGAAUGUGAGCCGCGUCUUCACCGACCUUUUCAACAUGAUGCGCACUGAGGAGCUUAACCGGUACCGUGACACUCUACGCAGAGCUGUGUUACUCAUGAGCCCAAGGGGUGCACAGGUGUUCAUCCAUCAGGCUGUGGAAACCAACCUGGCAUCCAAGGACAGUCACUGGGUCUAUGCCAACGAGGAGGUGAGCGAUGCUGACAUCGUGGAGAUGGUUCAUAGCUCUCUGGGCCGGAUGACCAUCAUUCGUCAAAUCUUCCCGUUGUGGAGGGACACCAACGUGCGCUGUAUGAGGAACAAUCAUCGCAUCUCCUCCCUGCUCUGUGACCCACAGGAGGGCUACCUGCAGUCACUGGAGGUGUCCAACCUCUACCUAUACGACAGCGUCUUGAUGCUGGCCAACGCCUUCUACAGGAAACUGGAGGACAGGAAGUGGCACAGCAUGGCCAGCCUCAACUGUAUGAGAAAGUCCACAAAACCAUGGAACGGCGGGUGGUCCAUGCUGGACACAAUCCAAAAGGGACGAAUCAGUGGCCUUACAGGAUUGAUGGAUUUUCGUGCUGAAGGCUCUAAUUCUCAUGUGCAAUUUGAAAUCCUUGGAACAAGUUACAGUGAGACAUUUGGCAAAGAUGUCAAACGGCUGGCAUCAUGGGAUUCCACUCGUGGUUUGAAUGGUAGCCUAAAGGAGAACCGGAUAGAGAGCGGUAUGCAGGGAGUGACACUGAAGAUUGUAACAUUACUGGAGGAGCCUUUUGUUAUGGUGGCAGAGAACAUUCUGGGUCAACCCAAGAGAUAUAAAGGUUUCUCCAUCGACGUUCUGGACGCCCUGGCCAAGAUCCUGGGUUUUAAAUAUGACAUCUACCAGGUCGGAGAUGGGAAGUAUGGCUCUGCACUCCCUAACGGAUCCUGGAAUGGCAUGAUUGGGGAACUCAUUGGCAAGAAAGCUGACCUGGCCGUAUCAGCCAUCACCAUCACCCCUGAGCGUGAAAGUGUGGUGGAUUUCAGCAAGCGUUACCUGGACUAUUCAGUGGGCAUCCUGAUGCGCAAGUCGGAGGAAAAAAUCAACAUAUUUUCUUUGCUGGCGCCAUUUGACCUGGCGGUGUGGGCGUGCAUUGCUGCUGCCAUCCCUGUGGUGGGAAUCAUGAUCUUCCUGCUCCGGCGUAUCCAAGCGGUGCGCUGCCAGAGCAACACAGGAGGACAUCCACCGCCCUCCGUCUCCACGUCGCUUCAGAGCGCCAUCUGGAUUGUUUAUGGAGCUUUUGUGCAACAAGGAACUGACUCCAUCUUGGGAUCGGUGGCUCUGCGGAUCGUCAUGGGCAGCUGGUGGCUCUUCACCCUCAUCGUGUGUUCAUCAUAUACAGCGAACCUGGCUGCAUACCUCACCGUGUCACGCAUGGACAACGCUGUCCGAUCUUUCCAGGACCUGUCCAAACAGGUGGACCUGGUGUAUGGGACUGUGAGGGACUCAGCUGUUUACGAAUAUUUCCGGGCCAAAGGCACCAACCCUCUGGAGCAGGACAACACAUACGCUGAGCUGUGGAAAGUCAUCAACAAGAAUAAUGGCUUUGAACACUCCGUCACCAGCCCAUCUGAGGGGAUCAAGAAGGCAAAGAGAGAGUCGUACGCUUUUCUGUGGGAUAUGGCGGUGGUAGAAUACGCAGCUCUGACAGAUGACGACUGCACGCUGACAAUAGCGGGAAACAGCAUGAGCACCAGAGGCUAUGGCAUAGCCUUACAGCAUGGCAGUCCUUACAGAGAUCUCUUCUCUCAAAAGAUUCUGGAGCUUCAGGAAAAAGGAGACCUGGACAUUCUGAAGCAGAAAUGGUGGCCAAAGAAAGGUCGCUGUGAUCUGCAGAGCCAUGCAGACGCCCAGCCCGAGGGGAGAGCGCUGCGUCUCCACAGCUUUGCGGGCGUCUUCUGUAUCCUGGCUGCCGGGCUCCUGCUGGCGCUCCUGGUGGCGGCGCUGGAGACCUGGUGGAACAGCAACCACUGCCGGAGAGAGCAGCCCAAAGAGGACAAAGAAGUAAACCUUGAACAAGUCCACCAGCGUUUAAACAGCCUCCUGGACGAGGACUUGGCCCACAAGCAGCUACCGGGCCAGUCUAUCGAGAUCUCUGCCCUGGACAUUGGCAGCAUGCAGCCCAGCCAGUCUCUGGAGGCCUUGUCUGCACGAGAUUACCCAUCCCACCGCGGGGGGCCGCCGCUCUCUGUGACCACCUUCCUCCAAGAGAGUCACGGGGCAGGAAGGACACUGGGCGCGGUUGGUGGCAGGACCUUGCCACUGCCACUCAGCAGCGCCACCAUGCCCUCGAUCCGCUGCAAACACAGGGCACCCAACGGGGGGCUUUUCCGGCAGAGCCCACUCAAGACACCCAUGCCAAUGUCCUACCAACCAGUGCCAGGAGGACCCAUCCCAGAAGCCAGUGAGCCCAGCCACGGGACAUCCAUCUGAGCACGCAGAACUUUCACAGACACUCGAGCUCAACGGGAAUCAUGGAGAGCUGACGUGAGUGCGACCAGAGUGACGAGAUAUAAAUAAAACACCUACAAGGAUUUUUAUUACAAGUGAAGAAGAGUCAGUGGACAAGACACUGAGACUUUAAUGUACAUAUUUGUAAGUACAAAGAGAGAGAGAAGCAACAUUAAAAAGUGUAUUUUGAAUAUUCUCAACAGUUGAGUUUAAAAAACACAAAAGUAUUAAAAAAAAAAAAAUGACUGUUUGAAUGGCUUUGUAAAUUUUGUUCUAAA